GCUAUUAUGAAUGCGCAUCCGCAGCGUGCCGCAAAAAGCGCGGAUUCUAAAAACAUCAGUGAUAAUGAAAUAAAAUAUCAAUAUAAAUGGUUACUCUUAUCCAUCGGUGCUUGGCCACAAACGACCAUAGUGAAGAAGAUACUUGUGUCAAUACAAAUUGUUAUCAGUGCGAGCUCGGUGGCAGUUGUUAUGAUACCAUGCUUGUUGUACGUGUUGUUUGACGAUGACAGCAUCCAGAUUAGAUUAGGCGCUCUUGUUUCAUUGCUUUUUAGGAUUAUGAGCACAGCAACUUACUGGGUGAUAAUUACGCGCCAAAAAGACAUAUACGAUUGUAUACUACACAUGAGCGCCGAUUGGAAACGAAUUCAAAGAACAACUGAUCGCAAACUAAUGAUUAAAUAUGAUAAGAUUGGCAACUUCUUGGUAAAACUCAGUACGUCAUUUGUGUUUUUUGGUUCGCACGUGUUUAUCAUAGCACGAGCGGCAAAAACCAUAACUUUCACAAUCGGUAACGAAACUUUUAAGACACAUCCAAUGGCAUGUCCGAUAUACAAGAAAAUCAUCGACGUGAGAUUCAGUCCUGCAAACGAGAUUUUCCUGUUUCUGCAGUUUCUUUCGUCACUUGUAUCAAAUUGCAUUAUAGUGGCUUUUUUUAGUAUUGCCGCUGUCUGUGCGAUGCAUGCUUGUGGCCAGUUGCAAGUAUUAUAUACGUGGCUGAAUGAAGUUGUCCAGAAUCAUGAAGAAAACAAUUUAGCACAAGAGAAAAUAGGAGAUAUUGUAGAGCAUCACUUAAGAAUCUUCAGUUUUACAACAAAUUUAGAAAGUAUUAUGAGCCGAACUUGUCUGAUAACUAUAAUGGCAUGCACAUUACAAUUAUGUUUCCUUGGAUAUUACGCUAUUAUGAAUUGGGCUGCAUUUGAUGCUGCAAAAAUGGCAUCAUAUAUUUGCGUAUAUACAUCAAUAUCUUACUGCAUAUUCGUGUAUUGCUACAUCGGUGAAGUAGUGACAGAACAGUGCAAACAAGUUGCGGAGGUAGCAUAUAUGACCGAAUGGUACAAAUUGCCUUAUACAAUAGCACGCAACUAUGUUUUGAUAAUUCUGCGAUCAAAUCAAGCAGUGAAAAUGACUGCGGGGAAGAUGUUACAACUGUCCAUCGCAACUUUUGCCGAUAUAGUCAAAACUUCAGUGGUAUAUUUAAAUUUUUUGCGAACAAUGACUGAAUGAAAUAUAGUAAGUUAAAAAAUAGCAAAAUGCACGUAUAGAAUGUUUUCCAAAUAAAAUAAUUAUUUAAUAAAUAAAAUUACAAUAUAACAGCAAUAAAUUCCUUUCAAAAACACGAUACGGCAUCUCUGAUAAUUUUCCUGAAGUUAAAUAACCAAAGCCCAAUUUUUUCAACAAAGGUUGCACUCACGUUUCUUAUAUUAU